AAGACGAUGGCCGUGAAUCUGAGUAAGAACGGUCUUUCACUCAUGGAAGCUUAUAAAGAAGUGGUGGACGGAAAGAUGGACACCAACUGGGCUUUGUUCACUUAUGAAGGAAACACUAAUGAUAUUCGUCUGGCAGAGAAGGGAGAUGGGGGAUUAGAGGAGAUGGUGGAGGAGCUGAACAGUGGGAAGGUGAUGUACGCUUUCUGUCGAGUCCAGGACCCAAACUCUGGUCUGCCCAAAUAUGUCCUCAUAAACUGGACAGGUGAAGGUGUGAAGGACUCCAGAAAAGGAACAUGUGCCAACCACGUGAGCUCGAUGGCCAACUUCCUGAAGGGAGCCCAUGUGACCAUAAACGCCCGCGGAGACGACGACGUGGAACCAGAGACCAUCCUGGAGAAAGUGUCCAAAGCGUCCGGAGCCAACUUUCAUUUCCACAAACCGACAGAAUACAGAGAUGCUCCGAGAGGAGCCGUGGGUUCUGUGUAUCGGAAGGUGAACGCCGUGGAGGAAAUUCAACAAACCAAGAAAGACGACUUCUGGGUUCAAACUCAGCGGGACGAAGCAGUUCGUCAACAGGAGGAGAACAAACGACUGCAGCAGGAGAGACAGACGAUGGAGAUGGAGAGGAGGGAGAUGGAGGAGAAGCAGACCAAGGAGAGGGAGAAGAGAUUCAAGGAGAGAGCUCAGCAGAUCGAACAGGAGAAGAUUCAUCAGAAGCAGAAAGAAGAAGAGGACAGAGAGACGGAGCGGCAGAGACAU